AUGAAGCCCAUCAAGGUCUUGCGAGUCACUUCGGCCCUUCUGGUGCUUUCCUUGUUGGGUUCCAAGAUUUCUACCGUCUCCGCCGCUAGUAUGGAUGCUGCCCGCGUGGCCCUGGAGCGACGCUACACUACGCCUCACUCUCUGGGCGACAGUUACGUUUUCGAUCCUCGUGAUGGCUGGGAAUCCGUCAACACCACCAACUUCCUGUACAAAUACGACCAGACUUCCGAACGCUCGCACAUGCAUGAGUCUUCUUUGUCGCAUUCUAGAUCUGCUCGCAUCCAUUCCUCGCGGUCCCCCAAGAAGUCUGCCUCCUCACCCAAGUCAGCCUUGAACGUGGCUACUGGCGCGAUCACGAACACCCUCACCAAGAUCUUAAACACUAUCAAAGGGCUUGGCAAAGCGGAGCCUGUGACAAUCACCUGGUAUACCGGUCAUGACCUUGAGAACCCGAGCUGCUGGUCGAAGAGUGUGUGGACGCCCACGGACAAGUCCUUUGCCGCGGCUCUCACGCUCAAAGGGUGGUCGACCAAGCCCAAGUGCUUCAAGUUCCUCGAGUUGUGCCAUACAUCGAAGAAAUGUGUGUUUGUGCGGGUCGUUGACUCGUGCGCCGGCUGUGCAGCCGACUCGAAGCAUGUAGACCUCACAAAGGCCGCCUUCUCAUCUCUCGCCGACCUUGAUGAAGGCUUGCUCAGCGUACAAAUGCGGCAAGCGACUGACCCGAAGGAGGGAUGGCUCGAGGACCUCUGGGGGCCGAAGUGA